AUACAUACACAGGAGGCUUGGAUACAGGAGGCUUGUAUCCAAAACGCUCCACAAAAGGAGGAGGAGGAGGAGGUCCCUGGGAUGAAUCACUCAAAGUGAAAGUCAGCUGCUAUUUUAAAAGCAAGGAUGGACAAGGAUGGAGUCGAGCCAAAGACAUAUGUGUCCACUGCCCGUCUGGUGCUCAAGAGGCACAGACGUAAUGGACGGGAGCGCGCUCAGACCAGAAACAACAACAAAGUGGGAUUGUCGCGUGCGACAGAUCACAGACAGAACCUCGUCGAGUCCCCCGGCCCGCACGGAAUGAUCAACGAAGGAAGCGCAGGGAAUUCCUCCGCCGGUGUUUCCUGGCUACACAAUGGUGAUAAGCCACAUCCUCAUACAAAUAAGUGUUCGCCUGGGAACGCCAGGACAUUGACGGUUGGGAAUCAAUCUGGAAGUCAGUCCUACAUAUCACUUAUUAAAGACACAAAAACAAUCUGCAGUCCAGAAGAUUGUGAGGUCAUGGCGGAAAACACAGACCCAAUUCCCGAAAAAGUGAGCGGACAGAAAAUGGAAGGUCAAUCCGUGGAGUUUCUGGAUCCACCCGAUCAGGUGGAGGUUCGAGUCGGGGAGCAGGUCCAAUUAAACUGUGAGUUCAGGAGCACCUCCGUCCCCGUGGCGUGCUGCUGGAUUUUCAACAGAGAUAAGGCGGUACCGCUUGGACCCAGAAUGUCCAUCACUAGCAACGACACCCAUAGCGAAUUGGUGAUCUCGCAGGUCUGCCCGGAAGACACCGGCUCGUACACGGUCGUAGCUCGGAACAAAAUGGAUUCCGCUCAACAUACGGUUUCCCUCAGCGUUAUCGAUCGACCCGAACCACCCGCAUCCCAUCCGGUGGUCUCCCAGCUCUCUACUGAGUCCCUGGUUCUGUCCUGGACCGGUCCCAGCUACGACGGCGGCACCGCCGUGUUGGGUUACAUCGUUGAGGUCCGUCAAGAGGCUCCAGAUGCUUUGGAAAACUGGACUGAAGUCAACGGGCGGUGUAAGAACACGUCUUACCAAGUCUGUUCAGGCUUGGAGCCGCACGGGAAAUACCGAUUCCGGGUCCGGGCCUACAAUUCCGCAGGCGUCAGCGAACCGAGUCUGGAGUCGGAGUGUGUAACCAUGAUGGCUAAGAAAGAAGAAACGACGGAAGGGUCGGAAUGUCACGAGGUAGUGGUGACGGACACCACACAUAAGGUCAAGGAUCACUACGAUGUGCACGAGAAACUGGGAGUUGGGAAGUUCGGCCAAGUGUUCCGGCUUUCUCACAAAGAAACGGGUCAGGUCUGCGCUGGGAAGUUCUACCGAGCCAAGAGCUCCAAGGAGAGGUUAGCGGCACACCGGGAAAUCGACCUUAUGAACCGCCUCCAUCACCCUAAACUGGUGCAGUGCCUAGCGGCGUACGAAUCCCGCUACGAGAUGGUCAUGGUUAUGGAGUAUAUCGCAGGCGGGGAGCUCUUUGAACGCAUCGUGGACGACAACUUUGAACACACCGAACCCACCAGCGCUCGUUACAUGCAACAAAUCCUGGAAGGGAUGCAAUACGUUCACAAGCAGAACAUCGUCCACUUGGACCUCAAACCUGAAAACAUCGUCUGUGUGGACACGACCGGAACCCGGAUCAAGAUCAUCGACUUCGGUCUAGCUAGUCAACUGGAGGACGGUAAACCCCUCAUGGUGAUGCACGGAACACCGGAGUUCGUUGCCCCUGAGGUGAUCAACUACGAGCCUGUGGGACUGGAGACGGACAUGUGGAGCAUCGGAGUCAUCUGCUUCAUCUUGCUGAGCGGAGAAUCGCCCUUCCAGGGAAACAGUGACGCCGAGACCUUUGCUUUGGUUACCGCCGCUCGUUACGAGUUCGACCCGGAAAGUUUCGAGGAUAUUUCGGAUCAAGCCAAGGACUUUAUCAGCGCCCUGUUGAAGAAAGACCGCAGAUGCAGGUUGUCGUGCACCGAGGCCCUCGCUCACUCGUGGAUGGCGUCGUUCACGCCGCUCACCCGCAGGCCUACUAAGUCCCUCAGGAAGGAGAGGAUGAGACGCUUCCUGGCUAAACGCAAAUGGAAGAAAACUGGCAAGGCUGUUCUGGCCCUGCAGCGAAUGUCUAACCUCUCCAACAGGCCAGACUCUCCUGGCAGCUCCUCAGAGGAGCCAAGCUGGAGCCAAGAGGCAGAGGAAGCCAUCCGCUCGCUGGAUAAGCAGCUCCAGAGCGAACCCCGCUUCCGGGACCCCCUGAGGGACGCCACUCUUCCCAAAGGAUCCACUGCUCAUCUGGCGUGCCGUGUGGAUGGUUACCCACAUCCAGACGUGAAGUGGCUUCAGGGCGACAAACCCGUAUCCGAGUCGUCGAGAUUGUCCAUCGAGUACCGAGACGAUGGAUCCUGCUGUCUAGUUCUGGCCCAUUUAGAACCCAGCGACUCUGGGGUUUACGUGUGCCGGGCUAGCAACGAGCUCGGGUCGGCGUCGUGUUCCGCUAGACUCGUAGUGGACGUGUGAAGGAGAGGAGCUGAUGUCAUUUCAGCAGUACUACUACAUGCACUUAUGUGUUCCGGUCAAAGCAUGCAUGCGUUCUUCAAAGUCCAUGUUGUUCAAUAUACAUCUUUUUAAUAGUAUUCGUGAUUAAAAGGUUACAUUUGAGAGACAAAAGAUGUUUUUUUUUUUGGCAGAGUCUAAAAAGUUAAUAACUGGAGCUUGCAGGUGACAUGAAAUCAUUUGUCACCAACUGACCUAACACCUCGUAAUAAAGGCUUCUGUGGGAAAAUGCCCGCAACCAUCCUAAUACAUGAUUUAAAUGUUCCCCUAACGACAUCCACAUGACGUGAAAAGUGCAUAAAUAGAAAUGCGACUACUGUAUUUUCCGGACUAUAA